CGACACGGCCACCGACAUUCGCCGUCGCACUCGCACCAGUGGCACGUAUAAAUAACCUAAAACGUCUGAUCGUGAAGCAGCCAAUAAAACAAAAUAUUAUUCUCACGUUUAUAUCUAUAGUGACAUUAACAGUAUAUGACAGUGUAGACGUGAUAUAACAGGAAGUGCUGGAUUACAAACGAAGUGAUUCUUCCCUGUGAUUUUGUCAAUAGAAAGUCUAUAAAGACAAAUGUUCGUUUUGGUGGGCUGUCGACGGGCAGCCCCCAAAUAUUGUGCCAAUAUGUGGUGGUUCUUAUUUUUAUGUGUGUUAUACACUAAAACAAUAACUGUGGUCGGUUCAAACACCACUGGAGCUGCACCUGGGAAUGUUUGCUCACUGAAGCAGUUCCAGUGCGCGAACGGGAAGUGCAUACCGAUAACUUGGGUAUGCGAAGGAGAAAACGACUGUGGCGACAACUCGGAUGAAAAUAUCGAGGAAUGUAAAGAGACCCGUACCUGCACAUCAUCUGAAUUCCGAUGCAAAACUGGAAGGUGCGUGCCGUUGUCUUGGCGUUGUGACAACGAAAAAGAUUGCUCCGACGGUUCUGACGAGGAACCCGGCACAUGCAAAGUGGAGGCGUGCGGUCCAGAAGAGUUCACGUGCAGAGGGAAACGAGGGGAAUGCGUACCUCUUACGUGGAUGUGUGACGACAAUGUUGACUGUUCCGAUGGGUCCGACGAAAAAGCAUGCAAUGAAACGUGUCGAUCUGACGAGUUCACGUGUGGAAAUGGAAAGUGUAUACAGCAUCGUUGGGUCUGUGACGGUGAUGACGACUGCGGGGAUGGUUCGGAUGAAGUAAAAUGUCCAGCGCCGACGUGUCAGCCUCAUAGUCACUUCUCCUGCGCUGACGGACAUUGUGUGACUGCGAGGUGGAGAUGCGAUGGAGAUAUAGACUGUCCCGAUGGCAGCGAUGAAAUGGGUUGCGCCUCAACACCCAAAACGACGUCUCCGUGUAUAGCUACAGAAUUCGAAUGUCGUGACCGGAUGACUUGCGUUCAUAGAGCUUGGGUCUGUGAUGGAGACCGCGACUGCCCGGACGGUGGUGACGAGGCUCCUGAACUGUGCCGAGGGAACGUCACCUGCAGACUCGAUCAGUUUCAAUGUAAAGACCACAGCUGUAUUCCCGGAGCAUUGUACUGUAAUGGCGAUAAAGAUUGUCCCGAUGGCAGCGAUGAGCUCAAUUGUACCCGGUCCAAACCAAUUUGCGACAAGCGUACGGAAUUCGACUGCGGUGGUGGCAUGUGCAUACCAUUGUCGAAAGUGUGCGACAAACAUACGGACUGUCCGAACUUCGAGGAUGAACCGACAAACCGAUGCGGAGAAAACGAAUGCGCCAAGAACAACGGCGGGUGCACUCAGCGUUGCGUCGAUACUCCCGUCGGAUACUACUGUGAUUGCGAAAAAGGAUUUAAACUCACCGACAACAGGACUUGUGAAGAUAUCGACGAAUGUCUAGACCCGGGAGCAUGUUCGCAAAUAUGCAUAAACGAAAAGGGUACAUUUAAAUGCGAGUGUCAUGCUGGUUAUGCAAGAGAUCCCCGCGAUAGAACUCGCUGCAAGGCAACCGAAGGCCACCCCUCACUUUUAUUCGCAAGACGUUUCGACAUCAGGAAAAUAAGCCUCGAUCACCACGAAAUGGUGGCCAUCGUGAACGAUACAAAGUCAGCUACAGCCCUCGACUAUGUUUUCAGAACUGGGAUGAUAUUUUGGAGUGAUGUUACAGAUGAAAAGAUUUAUAAAGCACCGAUAGACGAGGGUAGUCAGAGAACAGUGGUUAUAGGAGAACAGCUUAUCACAUCAGAUGGACUAGCUGUGGACUGGAUCUACAACCAUUUGUACUGGACAGACACGGGCAAGAAUCAUAUAGAACUCUCUGACUUACAAGGAAAUAUGAGAAAGAUCCUUAUCAGAGACAAACUUGAGGAACCGAGAGCAAUAGCACUUAACCCUCUUGAUGGGUGGAUGUACUGGACUGAUUGGGGUCAGACGCCGAAGAUUGAACGCGCUGGUAUGGACGGCUCACACAGACAAACUAUAGUUGCAUUUGACGUAAAAUGGCCUAAUGGUCUAACUUUGGACCUUGUACGCAAACGAGUUUAUUGGGUGGAUGCAAAGCUGAACACGAUAUCGUCCUGCAACUAUGAUGGGACAGCGCGUCGCGUGAUCCUGUACUCCACAGAUGUUCUUCGGCAUCCGUUCUCCAUCACCACAUUCGAGGACUGGGUGUAUUGGACCGACUGGGACAAGACGGCCGUGUACCGCGCAAACAAGUUUAACGGCAAGGACAUUGAAGCCAUCACGUCUACUCAUACGUUGCAAAAUCCGAUGGUGAUCCACGUGUACCACCCGUACCGCCAGCCCGACGGGGUGAACCACUGCGCGGCCGUCAACGGGCACUGCUCGCACCUGUGCCUGCCCGCGCCCCGGAUCGGCCCCAACUCGCCAAAAGUCUCCUGCGCCUGCCCCAAUGGUCUACGUCUACUGCCUGACAACCAGAUGUGCGUCGAAGAUAAUACACUAAAUCCCGAGCCGGAGGUGCAUAAAUCUGCUAAUGGUUCAAAGAAAUCUUUAGUAAUUCAGGAUAAACCUAAGCCCAGUUUGCCUGAACCACCGAAAGCCGGUCCUGGAAUCACAACCAGUGGCCGUGACGCAGGCGUAGUAGCGGCGGUCGUUGUUUCAGUAAUCACAGGAAUUAUAAUACUCGCUGCUUUGAUCGCGGUUGUAAUGUACCGGCAUUACGUGCAUCGCAACAUUACAUCUAUGAACUUCGACAACCCCGUGUAUCGCAAGACUACGGAGAACCAGUUCUCGUUGGAGCAGAAUGGUUACGCACCUGGCAGCAAAUUAUACCCCAGCACUGUGGGCGAAGAGGCUAACGAACCUCUCAACACACCCGGCACAAAUGAGUUUGUAUAGUGCAAAAGCGGGAAGUAAAUACAUUAGUAUGUUUUUAAAUGUGAAAAGAAAAAGAAGGACAUGUGAUACUUUGAAAAAAAUAGUGUAAACCAGUGAGUGGAGACAUGGCUAACAUUUUAGCUUUAGUGCAGUGAAAAUUGUGGAACAUCGGGACGAAGUUCCCUUUGCUAUCAAGUAUAUCAUUGAUAUGGAUCUCAAAAUCGCUACUAUACCAGUCAAUAGUACAACUUAAUUUUCAGCCGUUUUGUGAAUUAAAAAAAAAUCUUGCUUUGUAUAACUCGUAUCACAAUGUAUUAGAUAUUAGAGGAUCGUAUACCUAAUCACCGAGACGGGCUGAGCGAGUGUCGCUACAACCAAUGAGAUUACAUAUUAAUCUGUGAUGGACAUAUCACACGCUCUCGAUAACGUAUGGCUUGAUAAAUAUUUUAUAAAAUACUAUAUUCAAUAAUAUAUUCGCAUUUAAUAUUGUCAAUUUAAUGUGUAAUUUUAUUGGCUACAUCGAAGCAAAUACUCGGUGCAAUGAAAUUAUUUAUAGAAGCUUAUUUUUGUUUUAACGCUAAAUAAUCGUUUUAGCCUUUUCUUUUAAUAUUUAUGAAUUAUCAUGUUUAAUCGAAUUGAAGCUCAUAUCUUGAAGUGGGAUCUACUUAUUUAGAAAAUUUACAUACAUUUCUAAAAGCGAGAUAUACCUACAUAAAUUAGAAAAAGUUACUUAUUCAAUGAUUUUUUUUAUAUUUUUUAUAUAGAUGAUAGAAUUAUUAAUUUAUUGGUAUUAUGAGUGUUUUAUGAAAUGUCUAAUGUGUAUUGCAUUAGUUGAUAUAGGCUAUUUACUAAAUCACUGUUUUAUGUGCCAAUUCAUAGGUAAAUCAAUUAUUGCCAAAUAAAUGUACUAAUAUUAUAAUCAUUUAAUUAAUAUCUCAUUGUAAUAUAAUGAAAAUUUCAUAGUUUAUCGAUAUUUAUAUUGUUAUAAAUAAAAUCAGCUGUUUCAAUAUUACGUUAUAUAUUUUAUAUAAGGUUGUGUUAUACGUAUUCCUUUAUCGGUAGUUCGUUAGGCCUGUUUUCGGAGUAUGAAUUUCAUACAUAAUCCUGCCAAAUCCUCUAAAUUAAACCUUAAUUUUUAAUAAAUAUAUUUGUAACGUAAUACGAUUACAUAACUUGAUGCACAUUUCAUAUGAUACACCUAGCUCAAUAAGUGUCGUCACCUAAAAUUAUUGUGUAAAUAUCGUCAAUAAAAUAUUAUGUAAAAUGUGUUAA